AUGUCAGCGCCAUCCUCCACACCCUCCGCCUCGGCAGAGAGCGCCGCGACAGAUUAUGAUUUUCUAACCCCAGACGCGGGGCCGAAGCCGCCCGGUCCUACCCCCAGCCAGAGCCGGUUCCAGGUGGACAUUGUGGCCGAGGCAGCGGGCGCCACCGAAGAUAAGUCCCCGAGCUCCGACGCCUCCACCACCGUCCCAUCCAGCGACGCGGCCACUCCCGCCGCUCCUCCACAGGGUCCGGAUGCGAAUCCUGGUGUCGGCGGCGGAGAGGAAGCCAAAGGCCGGUUUCGCGUUGUGAACUUCGCGGAUCCGAGCGAAGCGGAGAGCCCGGCCUCUCCGGAGGCGCCGGGUGAGGGGCUGCAGAACGGGGACACUGUGAUGAGCGAGAGCAGCUUGCAUUCAUCCACGGGGGGCCAGCAUCACUAUCAUUACGACACUCACACCCACACCUAUUACAUGAGGACUUUUGGCCACAACACCAUCGAUGCCGUGCCCAACAUCGAUUUUUACCGGCAGACAGCAGCGCCACUGGGGGACAAACUCAUCAGACCCACCCUGUCGGAGCUGCACGACGAGCUGGACAAGGAGCCCUUUGAGGAUGGAUUUGCCAACGGGGAUGAGCUCACCACGCCCGAGGAGGCCGCUGCUAAGGAAGCAGCCGACUCCAAAGGAGUGGUCAAGUUUGGCUGGGUUAAGGGGGUGCUGGUCCGCUGCAUGCUGAACAUUUGGGGUGUGAUGCUCUUCAUCCGUAUGUCAUGGAUUGUGGGUCAGGCUGGAAUUGCUCUUGCCUGUUUGAUCGUUGGCAUGGCCACUGUAGUGACGACCAUCACCGGCCUCUCCACAUCGGCCAUCGCCACCAACGGAUUUGUACGAGGAGGUGGAGCAUAUUACUUGAUUUCGAGGAGUCUCGGCCCAGAGUUUGGAGGUUCUAUUGGUCUGAUCUUUGCCUUUGCCAAUGCAGUGGCUGUAGCCAUGUAUGUGGUGGGCUUUGCCGAAACUGUUGUGGGUCUUCUUGCCGGUGCAGAUGCACUUAUGACGGAUGAACUCAAUGACAUCCGUAUCAUCGGCACCAUCACAGUAAUCCUUCUCCUGGGCAUCUCCUUGGCAGGAAUGGAAUGGGAGGCCAAGGCCCAGAUAUUCUUGCUGAUCGUUCUCAUCGCAGCCAUCAUCAACUACUUCAUCGGAACUUUCAUUCCUCUCAAGUCAAAGGAAUCUAUGGGCUACUUUGGCUAUGACGGUACAAUCAUGUGGGAAAACAUGGGCCCUGACUUCCGGGACGAGACGUUCUUCUCUGUCUUUGCCAUCUUCUUCCCUGCCGCCACUGGUAUUCUGGCUGGAGCCAACAUUUCAGGAGACCUUGCUGACCCACAGCUGGCCAUUCCCAGAGGAACCCUGCUGGCCAUAUUGAUCACAGGAAUAGUCUACCUGGGUGUUGCUGUUUCGACAGGUUCCUGUAUUGUGAGAGAUGCCAGCGGGAACGUGAACGACACAGUCAGUUCUCAGUUCAUGAUGAACUGCACCGACGCCGCCUGCAAAUUCGGCUACGACUUCUCCACGUGCAGGAGCGACAAAGACAGCUGCCAGUACGGACUGCAGAACGACUUCAAUGUGAUGAGCAUGGUUUCUGGUUUCGGGCCAAUCAUCACCGCUGGAAUCUUCUCUGCCACUCUGUCCUCAGCGCUGGCCUCUUUAGUCAGUGCUCCUAAAGUGUUUCAGGCUUUAUGUAAGGACAACAUCUACCCCGGCCUGGGCAUGUUCGCCAAAGGCUACGGCAAGAACAACGAGCCCCUGCGAGGCUACAUCCUGACCUUCGGCAUCGCCCUGGCCUUCAUCCUCAUCGCGCAGUUGAACGUAAUUGCCCCCAUCAUCUCCAACUUCUUUUUGGCGUCCUAUGCCUUGAUCAACUUUUCUGUGUUCCACGCCUCACUGGCUAACUCACCAGGAUGGCGUCCCAGCUUCAAAUACUACAACAUGUGGGUCUCCCUGGCCGGAGCCAUCCUGUGCUGUGUGGUGAUGUUCGUCAUCAACUGGUGGGCCGCGCUCAUGACCAACGUCAUCGUCCUGGGUCUGUUCAUCUACGUCAGCUACAAGAAGCCAGAUGUGAACUGGGGCUCAUCGACCCAGGCCCUGACCUACCACCAGGCCCUGACCCACACUCUGCACCUCAGCGGAGUGGAGGACCACAUCAAGAACUUCAGACCCCAGUGUUUGGUGAUGACUGGUUACCCCAACUCUCGUCCAGCUCUUCUGGAUCUGGUCCACUCCUUCACUAAGAAUGUCGGCCUGAUGAUCUGUGGUCAUAUUCGCACGGGCUACAGAAGGCCAAACUUCAAAGAGCUGGCCACAGACCAGGCCCGGUACCAGCGCUGGCUACUGAAGAACGAGACCAAGGCCUUCUACUCGCCGGUGUUCGCCGAGGACAUGAGGCAGGGUGCUCAAUAUCUGCUCCAGGCGGCGGGCCUGGGUCGCCUCAAGCCGAACACCCUGGUGCUGGGCUUCAAGAACGACUGGAGGGACGGCGACAUGAUGAACGUGGAGACUUACAUCAGCAUGAUCCAUGAGUCAUUUGACUUCCAGUUCGGUGCUGUCAUUCUGCGCCUGAAGGAGGGACUGGAUGUGUCCCACAUCCAGGGACAAGACGACUUGCUGUCCUCCCAGGAGAAGUCCUCGGGGAUGAAGGAUGUGAUCGUGUCCAUAGAUACCAGCAAAGACUCUGACGCAGACUCGUCCAAGCCGUCGUCCAAGGCCACCAGCCUCCAGAACAGUCCCGCUAUGCAGAAAGAUGACGACGAGGACGGCAAAGCUACGACACAGCCCCUGUUGAAAAAAGACAAGAAGAGCCCAACUGUCCCACUCAACGUGUCCGACCAGAGGCUGCUGGAGGCCAGCCAGCAGUUCCAGAAGAAACAAGGGAAGGGCACCGUGGACGUCUGGUGGCUGUUUGACGACGGAGGUCUCACCCUGCUGAUCCCCUACCUGCUGACCAACAAGAAGAGGUGGAAGGACUGCAAGAUCCGCGUCUUCAUUGGAGGCAAGAUCAACCGGAUCGACCACGACCGCCGAGCGAUGGCCACUCUGCUGAGCAAGUUCAGGAUCGACUUCUCCGACAUCACCGUGCUGGGAGACAUAAACACCAAGCCCAAGAAGGAGCACGUGUCGGCCUUCGAGGAGAUGAUCGAGCCGUAUCGGCUGAAGGAAGACGACAUGGAGCAGGAGGCGGCCGAGAAGCUGAAGGACAGCGAGCCCUGGAGGAUCACCGACAACGAGCUGGAGCUCUACCGCGCCAAGACUAAUCGUCAGAUCAGACUCAACGAGCUGCUGAAGGAGCACUCGAGUACAGCCAACCUCAUUGUCAUGAGUCUGCCGCUGGCCAGGAAGGGCGCGGUGUCCAGCGCUAUGUACAUGGCCUGGCUGGAGGUAUUGUCUAAGGACCUGCCUCCAAUCCUCCUGGUGCGCGGCAACCACCAGAGUGUCCUCACCUUCUACUCUUAAAUACACACGGGAAAACUAAAGUUUUUGAGUCUUUCAUCCACUUCUGCCUCUGGGAGCAGACGCAUACACACAGACACACACACAUCCCAGUUCGAGUCCAGACCUAAGGUGCACCACAUACACUCCAGAGACGGUAGAAAACACAGCCACUGAUGGAAACAAUGCUGGUAAUAUGAAUAAAGAUAAAGGAAGUGAUAUUGGUUGAGGUGUGUAAAAGCCCUUCAAGUGAUAGGAGUGUGGAGGGGUGGGGGUUGUAAGGGGGCCCACUCUGCUCCUUUCUUUCUAUUUAUUCUAUUUAAGAUGUCUGGGUUUUUUUUCUUGUAGCUCUAGUUUCUUCUAAUUUCCUCAUGACAUAUUUUUGACUAAGUUGAUUGCUCUCAGGCUCCAAAGCAGUCGCACACAAUGUUCUUUUUGUCGUUCUCUCAAUAUGGAGUAUCUCGAUGUCAUACUCGUCAUGUUAAUUGGACCAUUUGUGAUGCAGCAAUAAUCAAACUUUGUUAUCCUUAAAUUUUGGGAGAGAACCAUGCAGAAUGCUUUGCAACACCCUCUAAAGCCUUAUGGAUGUGCCUUCCAGUUGAAUCAGAUAACAUAAUUAUAAUCUAUCCGGAUUGACAAUAUUACCUAUUAUAUUAGUGGAUACUAGUUAGUUUUAUUGAGUUUUAAAUGUGAUUCCUACUUAGUUGGAGCGUUGUAUUUAUGGGAGUGGAUUACAUAGAUUUAAUGAAGGUUGUCCACUUGAUUGCAUGAAGACUUUGUCAUUUCUUUCUUUCGCUUUUUACCCAAACCAAUAUGUUUAUUUCAGGCCACUGCAUUUUAUUUUUUAUUCACCUUGAGUCUUCCUUUUUAAAGCUGUUGAAUAUUUGCGAUAGCCUCAGCUAUUCGACACAUGACGCAGUUUAUCUUUUAGGCGCUGUGCCUAAAAAAUGUUUAUAUUGGUCUUAAAUGUAAGAUCUUGUUUGUCAGAAAAGAUGUGAAUGUAGUUUUUGAACUAGCAGGUGGAGCGACUCCGCUGAUUGACUGACUGAAGUCUUUCUUUUAACAACGUGUGUGUUUCUGUGUCCACGUGUAUGGUUCUUCCCCUGAGAAAGAAACUGCUCCACCCAAAAAGCUAGCUACAACCUUGCCUUAACGCUAGAACUAACGAUUGUCACCAGUUCCUUUUCUCUUAUAAGCCAUACUGGCUGGACAGCUGGUGGGUCGAUGCAGAAAGCGACCCGCUGGUUACAUGUCAUGAGAAGUGUUUCAGCACAGUUGUUGUUCUUUACUGUUGAUGCAUUCUUAUUUUUCUUCUUCCCAUAGUCCACCUGCAUUAGUCUGUUCCAUUGCUUUCUGUGUGUUGCUGGCGAAGUGGUUCAAUCAACAGUAACUUUGCCGAGUUGGCGCCCCAGUAGACUUGUUGCUGGUCUCCCGUUCCCACGAAGCCUUUGCUGGGCAGAGAGCGGCCGACACACGAGCGUCACACUGAAAGACUUGCUGGCAGGAAGAAUGUGACUUUAGAAUGUGUCCUGGCUGAGUGAACAUAUACCUCUAUGCAUAUGAGCUUGUGUUGGGAAAGUACUUGUAAUAAAAGUCCAUGUCCAUGUGAACGGA